AUGAUCUGUGCAUUGAGUCUCGUGCUUGUUUUGGCAGUCUCCUUUGGAGAGAUGGCCGAAGUCACCGACCUGACCGAGGAAUGGCUCCCAGUUGUUAAUGGAAUAUAUAAUCAAUGGGAUAGAGACAAAAUCCUGGCUCGACAUAACCAGUUCCGUAGUGAAGUACAGCCAUCUGCUGCAAACAUGGUAGCUCUGCAAUGGAGUCAUGACCUUGCAGGUCUUGCGCAGAGGUGGGCGAACCGAUGCGACUUCGGCUUUAACUUCCGAAGUCUGGUAACAGAAUUUAGUAGUGUAGGCCAGAACAUCGCCCAGGUGUAUGCCGGCACUCUUGAUUCUAUAAUGGAUUCGUGGAAUAACGAGAAGGCUGAUUAUGACUUCGAAACCAACACCUGUUCCGCAUUCUGUGCCCACUACACUCAGAUGGUGUGGGCUACAACCUCUUUCAUAGGAUGUGGCAGGGCUGCAUGUCCACCGCAUUCAUUGUACCGUCCUGACACGUACAUCGUCUGUAAUUACGGACCCGGAGGUAAUGUGACCCAUCGCCCAUACGAAUCAGGUGUGCCCUGUUCUAGUUGCCCUGAUAGUGAAGGAGAUACAUAUAGCUGCGAGAAUAAUCUUUGCACCUUUGCGAGCGACUCCAGCGCAGCAGAAUUUUCCCAUCACCGUCCCCAGAACCUUAACCCAUGCCUGCCCCAGCCAGGCGGGCGUGGACUGGCGCGCUCCGCUGCUGCAGGAGCUGCGGUCACAAAAUCGUAUCUUAUAUGGCUUAAAAUCUUGAAAAUCCUCCUUGUAAUAUUGUUUAUUUACGAAAAGCUUGAAUAUAGUAUACAACUUAAGUCCCUAUAA